AUGGCGCCUUAUGAUAGUGAUUCCUCGGAUGGGAGAGAUGACUAUACCGAGACGAACGUCCUGCUAGGCUACGCGACCAAGGAUGCCACGGGCGACGCCAUUUCCCACGUUGGAGGCGCUCCGAAUUGGAUAGACGACAAGACGGCUCCUUCUGGCGCAUUGGCCAAAUGUAAAGUGUGUCAUGGCCUGCUUAGUCUGCUCCUCGAACUCAACGGCGACCUGCCCGACCACUUUCUAGGUCACGAGCGGCGCUUGUACAUCUGGACGUGUCGGCGCAAGACUUGCAGGCGGAAGGAGGGCAGUGUCAGGGGAAUCCGUGGUGUGCGCAUCGCAAAGGGCGCCGCCAAGUCGGCCCCUGCGAAGAAGGUGGAGAAAAAGGAAGUCAAGCAGGAGGAAAAGCCACAACCCAAGAUAGGCGAGUCACUGUUUGGCGUCAAGAAUGGAGGAAGCGCGUCCAUCCCAGCAAACCCCUUUUCAAACCCCUUCGCAUCCAAGCCGAACGGCGCAAAUCCAUUCUCGCAGUCAGGCAGCACGAACCCAUUUGGUGCCGCGACACCUGCGCCUGCUGUCCAGAUCACGCAGCCAGAAAAGAAGGAAGAUGAGGCUUCUACGACUCUCCCAGAGACAUUUGCUGCCAAAGCCCGCAUAGCCGCCCCGUCACCCUCCGAACAACAACCACCUCGUCCCUACGAGCCAUGGCCAGCCGACUCGGCCUUCCCUACGCCAUUCCCGCACUACCACCUCGAUGCCGAAUAUGAGACACUAGACGCUCCAUCAACGCCCUCAAUACCAGCGAAUGCGCGCAUGGAUAUCGAUACCGAAGGUGGCGGGAGUGGUGGAGGGAAAGAAGACAAGGAAGUCUUUGAGUCAUCCAUGGACAGGACAUUCCAGAAGUUUGCAGAUCGCGUAGGCGAGAACGCCGAGCAAGUUCUGCGCUACGAAUUCAAGGGCAAGCCGCUCUUAUAUAGCGACAAAGACGCUGUCGGCAAGCUCCUAGGGCCUCACUCAGAGAACGGCGCUUCAUCAAAUUCAAACGUCACAACCGUAGGCUCGAGGAGUGGGUCAGGCUACCCUCGUUGCCAAACUUGCGGCGCUGAUAGAGUGUUCGAAGUCCAGCUGACACCACACGCCAUUACUGAGUUGGAGGCGGAAGAGAUGAGCAUCGAUGGUAUGGAGUGGGGUACUAUCAUCAUGGCCGUGUGUAGUAAGGACUGCAAGCCCAACGAUGUCCCAGAAGGUGAGGUAGGGUACGUCGAAGAGUGGGUUGGUGUACAGUGGGAAGAAGUCCCUUCGAAGAAGUAG